AUGUCCUCCCUCGCAUUUCUCCUCCUCCUGCUCAUCUUCGUCAUCCCCUUAACAUGUAUUUAUCUGAGCUAUCUCCCCCCAAUAUGGCUUGUCCAAACCAUUUCGACCAGCAAUCCAAGCAUUCAAUUCCACAUCCCAACCAGAAAACCAAUUCUCGCACUCACCAUCGACGACUCGCCCAGCCAAAGUACAUCGGCAAUCCUCGAAGUCCUGCGCGCAAAUGACGUGCACGCGACCUUCUUCGUCAUUGGCUCCUACAUUGACGGCCAUGAAGAAAUCCUGCGAGAAGUAGUCCGGCAUGGCAGUGAGCUCGCCAACCACGCUAUGCACGAUGCACCGUCGUGGAAGCUGGAGAUCUCCGAGUUGAGAGAGCAGAUAUUGCAGACGCAAGAUAAGAUCGAAGGCAUUUAUCGCAGUGUUGCCAGCGACGUCUCCAAGACCUCACCACGAUAUUUCCGCCCGGGGUCCGGCUUCUUCACGUCUCGUAUGCUGUCACUUCUACACAGCCUCUCCUACCGUCUCAUUCUUGGAUCUAUGUAUCCGCACGACGCACAGAUCUCGCUGCCGUCGCUCAACGCAUGGCAUGUCCUGCAUGGUGCACGUGCGGGCGGGAUCAUUAUCUGCCAUGAUCGGCCUUGGACGCCACAGAUGUUGCGCCGCGUGCUCCCGGAGCUGAGGCGGCGGGGGCUCAGGGUCGGGUCACUUACGGAGGCGUUGCACUGGGCGGACGGGAGUGAUUCAAACUCGUAA